ACUGUGGGAUUAAGAGCUUCAAAAUGGUUGCAAAGGUCAUCCUUGUCAUCGCUGUUGUCGUAGCCACCAUUGCUGCGCAAGACCACCACCACGAGCACCACCACCACGCCUCUUCCUCACAGAGCAUCAAGCAGCACCACGGAAAAGCUACUGAAAAGCACGUCGAGUACUAUUCUCAUCCUAAAUACGAGUUUGCGUAUGAAGUUAAAGACCCUCACACCGGUGACAAAAAGUACCAGCACGAGGCGCGCGACGGUGACGUCGUGAAGGGCGUAUACAGCCUGCAUGAGCCCGAUGGUACUGUCAGGAUCGUGGAGUACCACGCUGACAAGAAGACUGGAUUCAACGCCAACGUCAAACAUGAGGGUCACGCCAAACACAUUGUUCCCGAACACCACCACCACCACUCAUCACUCAACUGUGUGAUUAAGAGCUUCAAAAUGGUUGCAAAGGUCAUCCUUGUCAUCGCCGUCGUCGUGGCCACCAUUGCUGCGCAAGACCACCACCACGAACACCACCACCACGCCUCCUCCUCACAGAGCAUCAAGCAGCACCACGGAAAAGCUACUGAAAAGCACGUCGAGUACUAUUCUCAUCCUAAAUACGAGUUUGCGUAUGAAGUUAAAGACCCUCACACCGGUGACAAAAAGUACCAGCACGAGGCGCGCGACGGUGACGUCGUGAAGGGCGUAUACAGCCUGCAUGAGCCCGAUGGUACUGUCAGGAUCGUGGAGUACCACGCUGACAAGAAGACUGGAUUCAACGCCAACGUCAAACAUGAGGGUCACGCCAAACACAUUGUUCCCGAACACCACCACCACCACUGAAUUUAGUACAAUAAUAAUUGUUAUUUAAUUUG